AUGGAAAUGCCCCCCAAGAGUCCUGAUGGGAGCGAGAAGUCUCCCCAGUCCAAGGAACUGGUCACCAGUAACACGGGCAGCACCCUGUGCAUGAGCUCCCGCAGCGAGUCCGUGUGGACCAGCACACCCAGGAGCAAGUGGGACAUUUACCACAAACCCAUCAUUGUGGUGUCUGUGGGAGUUGCCAUCUUCCUCUUUGGGACAGUCAUCACCAGCCUGUCCUGCUUCCUGACCAAGAACACAAACGUUUACAAAAUGUCUGGCCCGGCUUUCCUGUCCUUGGGACUGAUGCUCCUGGUUUGUGGCCUGGUCUGGAUCCCCAUCAUCCGCAAGAAGCAGAAGCAGAGGCAGAAAUCACACUUCCUACAGAGCCUCAAAUCCUUCUUCUUCAACCGCUGA